AAAUAAUUUGAGACAUGAUAUCAGUAUUGGCUCUUACACUAGCUCUCUCCACAUUAGUUAAUUCGAACAAUAUAUUUGCCGAUUUUGCCAGUUCUAUUUGUCAACAGAGGUAUGAACUGAAUGGAGAUGUUGUCUGCCAACCAGACGGGGAGUUUGCAGCUCGCCAGUGUUCUGAGAAAACUGGAGUUUGUUACUGUGCGACUGAAACUGGGGAGAUUAUUGAUGGCACUCAGUUCAACCAGGACAGAAACCAUAUCUGUAACAAUGUGCAAUACGAUGUAGAGUAUAAGCAUCAGCACCGAAAUGCUGGUUUCAACGUCCAAGAAAUGUUGUCGGAAGAAAAUCAGUUAACCAGAAAGUUGCUGGACAUGGACAAGAAGAACGCGGUUUGGGAGAUGCGGAGUAUCGUUAUUACCCGCCACUCCACAGACAAGGACUACAGCGUAUACGAGGCGCUGUUGGUAGGAUACAACACCAGACUCUCACAAGAAGACAUUGUCAAGAAGUUACGGAAUGUGUUGGGGAGCAGGGACAGUGGUACUGACCGUCUCAAAGUUAGACAGGUCUAUACCAGUGUGCACGAAGGAGAGUGUCCAGCAGCAGAGGGACCCUGUGAUGAGAGCACCAGAAAAUGUUACUCCGACUCCGAGUGUGGGACUUCAGAGAUAUGUUGUCAGACGGAGUGUGAACACAGAUGUAUACCCAGCGGUGCAGAGCCCACGAUCCAUACCACGGCCGGUUCCACCUCAGAGAUCACAUCUCCUAUAGAAAGAGAGACUACCGCUCAGCCCACUGGCAAGUCUACAACCACUAUGGAGUGGUACCGAACCAGUCAGGAAGGGAGAACCGAACCACUGGGCACUGAAACUGAGGCCCUAACUUCUCAUGAUUGGUCUACUACUGACUCCUCCUCAGACGAUAAGAGAUCUACGACGGAGGAUUCUACUGAGGGAGGCACUACUGACCCCUUCACUACUGAGAAACUUCUCAUGACAUCUACUGGAACUACUGAUGAGACCAGUAAAGAGGACUUCUCUCCUUCACAAAGUCAGACGGAGGAGUUUAGGUUCGAAACAUCUGACGGGACCCUUUACGGUUCAACUACAGAAGAGGUGAACUUCCCUUCUACUGCUGAGUACACAGGUAGCACAGAAGAGCCUAAGAGCACGAGGACGCCAAGUUACACAGAGAAGACAGUGGAAACUACAGAGCCGGAGGAAGGAAGCACUGCUGAUGAUGCUGAGACCUUUACCACCCAGGAAUAUGGUCCUUCCUCUGAAUCAGAGGCAUCAACUGAAUACAAAACCACCUUUGUAAACAGUCUAGGAUCAGAAGCCACCAACCCAAUAAGUGAGGAGUACAUGUCAACUGAGGAGAAGGCUUCCUCUCCAGAGUCUGAGAGAACCAUUGAAACAGAUUUCACUACAGAUGUUACAGGGUUCGUGAGCAGCACUGAGCCAGCUCCUACUGAUCCCCUCUCCUUCUUUGAGACAACCUCUCCCGAGGGUUCCGACUCUAUGACUUACUACACACAGCAACUUACCUCCUUCACAGACGAUGUAUCGGACAGCCAAACAAUUGAUUUGAAGAUCUCUGACACAGUCGCCUUUACUACUAAACCUAUAGUAACCUCCAGUCAGAUGAAGUCUCUGUGCGAACAAGAAGCUUCCCAGGCAAUAGGAGAGGGACGGGACGGGCCCCUUUGUUUGGAUAGUGGUAGCUUCAGUCCUCAGCAGUGUGACACUAACAGAGGUAUAUGUUGGUGUGUUGACGAGGAAGGGCUGGAAUUGAAGGGCAGUAGGAGAUACGGUUCCGCUGACUGCGAUUCUUUCAGAGUGACUACGCCGCCUAUGACCACCACAGAGCCGAUGGGAGACUGCUGGAGAGCGUACCAGAAGGCUAUAAAGGAGCAGGCGUAUGAUCGCGGUGUAAUGCUGCCCACGUGCCAGAGUAACGGACUGUACGCUAAGAGCCAGUGUCAUGGUACCUACUGUUGGUGUGUUAACGAGUUGAACGGAGUGAUGGUCAACGGGACUAGGAAACCUGGCCCCAUCGACUGUGAACUGUAUGUAGACGGAGUGUGCCCGGAGUACGCCCGGGAGCACGACAGUGUCUGUAUUAACAAGUGCGACGCUGACGAGAGCUGCUACGGAACAACCAAGUGUUGCCAAACUCACUGUGGGCGCGAUUGUGUUUAUCCGCAACUACCCGAGCAAUUGAAAGAAGGUCAGUGUCCUGCCCCACAAAGUAUGAACACAAUAUUCGAGCAGUGUGCUGUGGAGUGCAACAAUGAUCAGGACUGCGAUGAUGCGACUAAAUGCUGCUUCAAUGGCUGCGGUUACUCUUGUAGUGCAGCCAUCUACGAUGCUAAUAUCUACUGCAAGAAAGUGGACUCCCUGUACAAAGGAGAGGUGCUGGACCCACGUGACCAAUACACUGAAGGAGAUGUGUUGAAGCUGGAAUGUGAUGAAGGGUACGAGCUGCAAGGCCACCAGGAAAUCAGAUGUCUUGCUGAUGGGGACUGGGAGCACGAGCUGCCUACCUGUAAAAGAAUAAGUUGUGGAGUGCCCGGGUCUGGACAGUUCAUGGUGGUGCGAGGAAGUGACUACUUUGCCGGGGGUGAGAUCGCAUACCAUUGUUACAGUGGGUAUGAACUGAUCGGCAACUCUUCAGCUAUCUGUCUUGUGAGCGGCAGAUGGAACAGUGAACCACCUACAUGUCAACGUGUUGAGUGCCCGGAGAUGAACGAGUUACCUUAUGGACGAGUGUACGGGAGGAUGAUGACCUAUGGUAACAGGAUAGGUUUCAGGUGUGAUUACGGGUACACUCUGGUGGGGUCCGAACAGAGACUGUGUCUUAGUGACGGUUCCUGGUCUGGUACUGAUCCUACUUGUGUUAGAGGCUACUUCUCACGAAGCAGAAGGAACAAGUUCGGAACACAAAACGAAGAAGGAUCAGAGUUUGGUAACGGCAAGUGUCAGUACGCAGUAACCAGCACCAUCGACUUUAAUGGAGAGUGUCUGGAGGAUGUCAUCACCAUCGACUGUCAGUGUGGUGAACCUGACUCUGUUGAGCAAAAGGUAAAGGUGCUGUGUCAGCGAGGAGUUAACGAGUUUGUAGAGAGGACAGUGAAGAUCGGCAAGGACUGUUCCUGUUGCGUGUAGGAAUCACAUGAUAAGAUGUAGUGAGCACUAUAUCGGAACUGGUUAUCGUUUAGUGGUGGUGAUUAAAUUCACUGCUUUGUCAGCUAGGACUUAGGAGGUUGUUGAGUUACCGGACCCUCAACUACUAGAGCCUUAUAUUUCCACUAAUAUUACAUUUCAUAACUGUUACAUUGUAACUGUGUAUUAUUAAUGUAUAACUCAUAUGCCCAGAUAUAACUUAAUAGUUUACUCGUAUUACAGUGAAAGGUUGCCUGUUGAUAGCAUGUCGCACUAAUAAAAAUAUCAGCUAAGAAAUACCUUGCCGGGCCUUUAAUGUAUCGUCUAAGGCCUGCAAAACUAAGGGCCGAUAAGUUAAGUUCAUUUCUCGUCAAAAGUUUUAUAUUGUAUUUCUAACGUUUUAUAUGGCAUUUAUAUUAAUUUAACAAGUUUUAUACUGUUGAUACCUCGUUCUUUUAUCAGUUGUAUAGUAGAAAUGUUUCCUGACACACGUAUUUGUACAUAACAAUAAAACUGAUUAGAGAAGUAGGUGACUAGAAAAUGCUUUGCUACUUUCGUUCACUUUCAGAUUUACAUUUUAUAGAUUUUUAUCUAAAUUAUUGCUUAUCACAAUGUACUUAUUGUGGUUAACGAUCAUUAAACUGAUACAUGUUGAUAUUUAUAGGAUUUUGUCUACUUUUUAGGGAAAAUGGUUAAUCACUCUACACUCGACUAUUACGUGACUUAGUUAAACACUUUCUCUAGAUGGCCCUAAGGGACCUUUCAAAACCUUUUCUCUCUACUCUGUCCCUAACCCAAUCCCUAACUGAAGCAUAUGCUAAAACCCUAACCACUAACGAUAAAUUAGACUAACUUCCUUAAAUGGUCAUGUCACGUGAUUGGAAAUAGCGUUCAAAAAUACAUCGAUUCUAGUUGAUUCUAACCUGUCGGAGACCCUUUUAGAAAUAUCUCCAAGUUCGAGUGUAGAACGAUUUUGCACGAUCGACUUUUUAGCGUUAUCAAAUUAUCGAUCACUGAUAAACAAUCGUGUAUGGGGUUAAAUCUCUGAGACAUAACACAUUUGAAGGGAUUGGGAACCUGAAGAAAGAAAACAUGUAAAUUAUAAAAAGCUUUAUAUUUUGCUUUAUAUAUCAUACAAAUCGACUGUUUUAUCAAAUUUUUAUCAAAUUAAACGUUUUUAGAUUUAAAGUUUGUACAUUAUUCUUACAGCAAAGGUUUAAUUCUAAUUAUCUUCGAA